AGGAGGAGGGGUCGGCACGCAGCAUCAGCAGCAGCAGCCGCGGCGUUGGCUCCGAGUGGCAUCGCGCGCGGGUCUCCCCGCCAUGAUGAUGCGGCCCGGGCCCUCGUCCCUGGCGGACGGCGCGGCCUGGGCGGCCCGGGCCCUGCGCUGAGACGAGGACGAAGAGGAGGAAGAGGAGGAGGAAGAGGAGGAGAAGGACGACAAGGAGGUCGACGAGGAGGAAUGAGGGAGUCGCCGCGGAGGACGGGCCGCACCUGGCUGGAGGCCGCCCGGGUGGUCCUGGAGAGCCACCACAACACACCGAUGAGCAGGAAUGACAUCCUCAAAGUCAUCCUCAAGGAAAAGCUCAAGGACAUCAGUGGAAAUUCCCAGUCAUCUCUGAAUACGUUGAGUGCAAUGCUUUACUCCAACUCUCGAACCCUGGGUGGCAUUUUCUACAAACUCCCAGGCAGACCCGGAGUCUACAAACUGAAGAAAUUUGCGUCUCACAGGCGCAGAGGCAAGAGCGAGUGCCAAGGAACUCGGGAGACACUGCUGACGAGAAGGAGCAAGUUCUCUCCUGCAAGGUCUCCUGGCGGCCAGGACUCGACGCCUUUCCAGCGACACCACGCGGGAGCGAGGACUCUCCCAGCGAGACGAGGUUCCCUGCGCCUCGUGUUGCGGAGGGGCGGCUCGCGGGCCCGGAGCCCUCCUGCCCACGGCGCCAAGACUGCGCCGCCAGCGCGCGCCGCUUCCGCCAGCCAGCGGCACUGCAGGAGGGCCCUCAAGCAGGCUCUAAAACAGCAGAGGGGAACGCAGAGCCGGAGGCUGUCUGCGAAAACGCUCGUCUUGCAGUACUCCCUCAAGAAAUCCCUCGACGUUCAAGCAACCCUACCCGACGAUCGUUCGCGCCCCGAGGAGGACAGCAUGGACGUGGACACCCCGCACUCGCUGCUCGUGAACACGGAGCUGAAGGCCCUGAUCAACGUGCACACCUUCGCGGCCCUACCAGCCGACUGCCGGAAGAAACUUCUGUCUCAGCUGCCUCCCCUCGACAAGGAGGUGAAGGCCGGCGUCGAGCAGCCGAGCAGCACUGCCUUAAACAACGAGUUCAUCAACGUCGCUCUCGCGGAGUGGACCCACCGGCUGGCCGAAGGUGCAUUCACAGCGGAGAUGCAGCUGCGCUUGAAGCAGGAGAAGGAGAGGAAGGUGGAGGCGUGGAAGGAGGAGUUCUUUGAAGAUUACUACGGACAGAAGUCUGGGUUUUCUGAAGAAGAAGUGGCCUUGCUGAUAGAGAAAGAUGAUCGAGAUCCAUCCGGGGUCGGGAGCGUCGCGGCUCUGCGCAGCGCUGCCGUCCCCGCCGCCGCCGCCGCCGCCGCCGAAACGUCCGGCCCGGACAAAGGCGCGGCGACUGCCGCUGCACGGCCCCAGUCCUCCAGACCAUCGGCCGUUUGCUCCAGGAGACGAACGCUCGCCAGGGGGGGCCCCGCGGCCGAACCGUGCCCGCCGUUGUCCCCUGCCGUCAGAGUGGCCGCUCCACGCGAGAAGAAGCAGGCGAAACAGCUCGGCGUGGGAAAGGGUGGCGGCGGCGGCGGGGUGGAGUGCGACGGCGUGGACGCCGCGCCGCUCGGCCAAGCGUCGCCUUCCCAGGCCUGCCGUCUGGGCGGCGAGGAUUGCGCCUCGGAGAAAACCCGGGCUGGAUUGGCAGGAACGCCGCCGUGCAUCAAAUUGAGGGAUCUGCCAGGGCAGAAGUCGGGCGUCCAGAGCGCAAAGAGCGGCCCGUCGGGAAAGAGGGAGAAUUCCGAAGAGGGGAGAAUCCCGCGGUGCUGCGCGGAGAAUACGGACAGCGACGAGGCUGCAGCCGCGCAGGCAAAUCGGCACCGCGUGCCAUUCGCUGCCGAUGCUUCCGCCAAUUCCCAGCCACCGGCUCCCUCCGUGGCAAUGCAGAAGGGCGCGUCCGGCGAGAGCCUGUUGAAGUGCGCCGCUGCUGCAGCCGUCGGAGCAGAGGUGUCGCCCGCCGUGAAGAAGCAGGGGCAGGGCAGGUGCACGAGGAAGUGCAAGGCCCGGCGCAGCAGCCAGAGCAAGAGGAAGCGGUCGCGCAGCGAGGCGGAACCCGUGCCCGAGGACGGAGACGACUCGGAGGUUGCGGACGACGCGGAACCCGCCGGCGCCUACGCCGGCCAGGCAUUCUUCCGGCUCUGGGAGCCUUUGCACAGCAUCCCCGUCGUCUACUUUUCCCCGUAUUAUUUUGGCGAGCAGCUACUGCCGCUCGUGCACGAAAGGGAGCCGUGCGCGACGAGGGUAGGCCAUCACAAGGACUGGUGUUGCCGGAAGAACCACAGCGAUCCCUGUCUCUUUCCCGACAAAGGCAAGGUGGGUUGGUUCGGAAACCAAGGCAGCGCCAUUCACGAGCACACCUUUGGGAAGCUUCCUUGGUCAGGUCUUUUGCAAGAACCUGAGCAGAGCAGCGUGAAGAAAUCCGCACUCUCUUCCCCCGGCCAUAGAAGCUCCGCGGUGAUGACGGGCAAUGAGAACAGCAAGGGUUUCCCCUCGCCCAAGCCCGACACGUCACACUGCCCCUCCGGUGGCGGUGGCGGCCAGCCUUGUGAGUCUUUCACCCAGCCCAGGGACAAACGAUUCCCCGAAUGCAACUUCUUCCAAGCACUUUUACAGGUCGACCUGAAGGUCAACGACAAAUCCCCGUCGCCGACGGGGAGAGCCUCGGCGAACGCGAGGCACGUGCGCGACCCCGCGACGUGCGCCAACGACGGCGGCUUCGAAGCCGCGGGGUACCGCGGGGGACCGAGCGCGAGGCAGCGAGGGGCGGCCGCGGCGAUGGCCGGGGUCGGCGACCGCCGCAAGCCCGUCGAGUCCUCCCCGCCGCUCCGGCCGCGGCACGGCGGCGGGUCGCCGGACGGCGCCGCGGCGGUGCGCGGCGGCGACACGGCCUGGUGCGCAACCGUCACGUCCAUCCCCAUCUGCGGCUCUCCGCUGAGCGACCCCCGCCUGGCGCUGUCCGUGGGCGGCCUCCCGCUGGCCUGCGUCGCCGCCACCGCGGGCCGCUCGUCUCCUCCGGCCGCGCAAACGCCCGGGCGCCAACUUCCCGGCCGCUGCUCGGCCCGGGCGGCCGUGGGAGGCGGCGGGUCGGUGGCCCGUGUCCCCUGCCCGCCGGCGGGCUCCACGAAGGCCUUGGCAGUGGCGGCACGGCCAGACGUGGGCCACGCGGCCGCCUGUCGCGAAAAGUGCGGCACCAGAGGCGCCAAGUUGUUUGUGGGCUGCCCCGUCUCCCAAUAGCGUCGUGACUCUUGCCGCACGACCGUCUGCUAGAUGUGUAGAGAGAGAGCGAGCCGCAUUUGAAACUAUUGUCCACAUCAGCGUUUUUUUUUUUAUAUACAUGCAUAAACCUAAUUAUAUCUUGAAUAUGUUUUUUCUAUAAUAUGGUUAUCGUGUGUUAGCUCAUUGUACAGUACAUGAAGGCUUCAGUAGUAAGUAAAUAGACGUGAUUGGUCUGUGUAAGAUCGGUCAGCGAGUGGCAGUGUGUGUGUGUGUGUGCGCAUCCCUUGCCUUCCCAACUUGCACUGUGCUGUGUCCUGCUAUCAGCACAAGGCCUGAGGUUUUAAUAAGAGAAUAUUGCACUUUCAUUGUUAAUGCUGGUUUGUAUAAGUAAAUGUUUUUUUUUUUGACACUAGGGUUUGAAGUGCUGUAAUCUGAACGGAGCUGAUGUAGACGCCUGCCCGCCCGCGCCUCGCGUGUGCGCUGCCUCCAGUGUUCAACAAAAACACGAGCGGUGCGGGACCACGCGGCGCAGCGGCACGAAACCCCCGACCCCGACUCAGUCUCAAGCGUUCGCAACGGCAGAAACGGGGCAACGUUUUUCCCGCGGCUUCUAUCGUGCGCGCGGCUCUCUCAAGCGGAGGCGAGAGUCGGAGAGGGUGGGGGUGGGAGAGAAAUUGGUAAGGUCGGGGGAACGACGUAGUAGGAGUGGAAAGCGGAGCGAGACGAUUGGGCCCCCGACGGCGAAAAAGCGAGCGGCCGCGGUUUGACAAGGGCUUGGAUGCGAGCGUGGUGCCCCGUUAAGCCUCCCGCGCGUUUCCUUUCUUCCACUUGACGUCUUGUUUACGCGUGUCCCCUACGUAACCCUGCCCCCGUCACUGCCAGUGUCGCGCGCCCUGCCCAUCGUUAGUUUAGGGCUAAUCGACUAUAGUUUUAACGAAACUGAAAAAAAAACUGAAAAAAAACGUACGUGUAUGAAAUACAUAUGGUUACAGAGUUUACGUAAACGUGUGAUUUUAGUCGUCAAAAUGUUAAGGUAACGAAAUGCAAUAUAACACAAAAAAAAGGAUGAAGAUGCAAGACGUGCUUCCACGGAGCAUCUGGCUGAUUUUAAAUGCUGCAGAUAAAAGAAUGUAAAGAAUGUAUGUUUUUUUUGUAUGCGGUGCGCAUGCCUUUAUGUGGCUGAGCUGGAGUAUUAGCCGAAAGGGAGUUUGCCAAAGCUUACCACGAGGUUGCCUAAAAGGAGCCGAGUUGAAUGUACUGAUGAUUACGCAGAUACUUGAUGGCGGGUCGAUUGUGAGUGAAGAACGAGUCAAUCAUAGGAGGGGGGGGGCACUUGUGGAGCCCCCUAGCGAGGUGAUGACGCCGGUCAGAUGCGGCGGUGGUGGAUCGGGGGGGCGGCCGGUUUGGCGUAGGGUUGCCGCGAUAUGGCGACGUAACGUGGCGCGAUUGUCGUCUUACCGUCCCGUCGAGCGAAAUAUCCGUGGCGCGAUAAUCCGUCGUUUGUUGAAUCCUUCUGAGAUCUCGGUUUUUUUGUUUGUUGAAAAGGCCCUGGCAAAAAUACGUACGAAAUAUAGGACGCUCCGAAGUUAAAGUUGUAACCGAGUAACUGUUGGCCGUUCAAUUAGUGCUUUUGGAAAAACGUUUUCUGUGAUGGCGGGGGCAUUUUUAUUGGCUGCGUCUUUUCCGUCGUUCCUGUAAUCGCCUAACUUCUUUUUCGUGUGACUGAUAGCCAUGUGCCCGUAAGCAGUUACAGAAUUGUCAGGUUACAAUGAUUAUAAGUAAACUCUGCACAUUCGUCAAUAAUACUACCUUAAAAGGAAAAAAGAUGUAAAAGGUGACAUUUUGGCCGAUAAUUAUAAGACGUAUGAAGACUUAUUGCUUUUAGGAGAUCUAUGACUGUUCAAAGACUUGUGGCAGGAUUGCGUCGAUUUUACUGCAGUUGAAGAACUUCCAACUAGAUCUUUACUUGUGCUGAAAGUCAUCGAUCAGAAAAGCACAAACGCCAUAACAUACACGACAAUUCACGUGUCCACGGUAAUCUAUCCCCACGAGCGUCGUGUUCGCAAUCAUUGCGAAAAAAUCAUAACGCGGCAACCCUACAGAUUGGAGUCUCGCGGGGGGUAGGAGGGAGGGAAGGUGCGCCGGACGUUUCUGCGCUGCGUCUCGACGGGCGCUGAACUUUGGCCCCACGUUUGCCACUGCUCGCGCGACAUCGCCCCGAGUCCUGGACAAAAGUGGGAAGAGAAAGAGAGAGCGGGAGGGGGGGGCGCGCGGCUGUCCCCUGUUGCCUCCCGGCAAAGCGGCACCUGCCGGACUAAUCGCCGCCUGCCCCAAAGCGAGAGACCCCCCCAUCCCCUACGUGAACGACGUCGACAGCCCCGUUUGUUUUUUUUGGCACGAGUUUGGCUCUCUGUUUUUUAAAUCCUUCCCAUGCCGGGAACAGCACUUGGGGCAAGGCGCAGGCUUCUCCACGACUUGCCAUCUCACCAGCUGGUGACUUGAAGCAACAACGAAACACCACUCCCGUUCAGAGGCGCGUGCGCGCGCCUGUGUCUGGGGUGGUGAUGGCUGGCGGUUCACUCGCGGAGUGGCUACUUCGUGAUGCACUUAACGUCAACUCCGUUUGCUAUUGGCAUUACAGUCGACGAUUGGCUCUUGAGCGACUCGGAACACACACACAACGCACUCGCCGGAGACCAUUGCCCGUGUCUGGGGUGGGUGGCGUCACCGUCACUUCGUGGCAAAUUUGUGUUGGCAGCCGGGACAUUAGCAGAGUGAGCAGUGGCGAUGCGCAGCCAGCCACUUGCAGACGCCAGGCGAGAGACGGAUUUUGUCAUUCGCCAGAUAAGGAACCGGGAACUUCCUUGUUGCUCGCUCAAUAACAACAGCAAGUCGGCGAAUUGCUGCUCAAAUGAGCACUGAGCCCUGUGCCAGUGAUGGGAAUUCCACCUAUGACAGGGGCGAGUCUGUCCGUAAGACAACCACUGUUGACUACCCCGCAGAGUGGUAGUCGUUGUAUCGACCACGGAGAGAAGGAUGAUGGGCUGAGUCAACCCCAACCCCCCCCCCCCCAACCAGGAUGUGAAAUCGCAACCUUCCUAUUGCGAGCCGCUCGCCCUGCCGCUGAGGCACCUGGCCAUGUUAACUCGCACAAACCUGACGUGAGAGUGAGCCGCGUGUGUUAACCUGUCUCUGGGGUUGGGGGGGUGAGGGCGUCUAGGUUGGCGUUGGCGGUUCUGAGUGUCCGAGAAAGGGGCGGCCGGGCCUGGCCCCGCUGUGAGCGACGCUGUGUGUGGGGGCAGCCCUUGCCUGGCCCCGCUGUGAGUGGCGCUGUGUGGGGGGGCAGCCCGGGCCUGGCCCCGCUGUGAGUGGCACUGUGUGUGGGGGCAGCCCUUGCCUGGCCCUGCUGUGAGUGGCGUGUGUGGGGGGCAGCCCUUGCCUGGCCCUGCUGUGAGUGGCGCUGUGUGGGGGGCAGCCCUUGCCUGACCCCGCUGUGAGUGGCACUGUGUGAGGGGCAGCCCUUGCCUGGCCCUGCUGUGAGUGGCACUGUGUGGGGGCAGCCCUUGCCUGGCCCUGCUGUGAGUGGCGCUGUGUGGGGGGCAGCCCUUGCCUGGCCCCGCUGUGAGUGGCGCUGUGUGGGGGCAGCCCUUGCCUGGCCCCGCUGUGAGUGGCGCUGUGUGGGGGCAGCCCUUGCCUGGCCCUGCUGUGAGUGGCGCUGUGUGGGGGCAGCCCUUGCCUGGCCCUGCUGUGAGUGGCGCUGUGUGGGGGGCAGCCCUUGCCUGGCCCUGCUGUGAGUGGCGCUGUGUGGGGGGCAGCCCUUGCCUGGCCCUGCUGUGAGUGGCGCUGUGUGUGGGGGCAGCCCUUGCCAGGCCCCGCUGUGAGUGGCGCUGUGUGGGGGGGGCAGCCCUUGCCUGGCCCCGCUGUGAGUGGCGCUUUGUGGGGGGCAGCCCUUGCCAGGCCCUGCUGUGAGUGGCGCUGUGUGGGGGGCAGCCCUUGCCAGGCCCUGCUGUGAGUGGCGCUGUGUGGGGGGCAGCCCUUGCCUGGCCCUGCUGUGAGUGGCGCUGUGUGUGAGGCAGCCCUUGCCUGGCCCCGCUGUGAGUGGCGCUGUGUGGGGGGGCAGCCCUUGCCUGGCCCCGCUGUGAGUGGCGCUGUGUGUGGGGGCAGCCCUUGCCUGGCCCCGCUGUGAGUGACGUGUGUGUGUGGGGCAGCCCUUGCCUGGCCCCGCUGUGAGUGACACGUGUGUGUGUCCAUCCGCCCGGCGCUGUUGGCGCAGCCUGGAAUUCAGGGGCUGGGAUUGGAAAAUGUGUUGUUGUUGUGGAUAACUCUUAUUGUGUACAAUUGUUGGUCUGGUGGGAGACCCAAUGUGAUUGCACUUGCCUCUUAAAAACGCUGCGUGUAGAGAAAAUAUAUUUUAAAGCUUGCUUGCACGAUUUGCUUUUUUUUUAUUUGCCCAAGAGUUUUAUGUUUUAAGAAAAAAAAUAUAUGGAAACAAAUUACCAAGUAACUGUUACGAUGUAAUAGGAAUAAAAAAUGUAUCUGUAUAUUCUACAAGUAGACGUCUGUUCACCUCAUGAUAUCUGUGUUGCACAUUUACUGUUUAAAGGAAACAAAAGCAGUGCAGUAUAUAUAUAUUAAAGCGUCUGGUCCCAGUG